AUCGACUCAUCUUUCUCGCCAGACCUCGAGAGAAGCCCUUUAAGCAAAUCUGAUCAUCCUUUCAAUCCCAAUGAGGGCGUUGCGUACUUUGAGAAUUCCAGUAGCAGCAGCAACCACCUUGACGGUCUGGAAAAACAAGAGUUUAGAGCAGAGGAUGUUCUCCGUCGAGUUCCCACCAACGUUGGUAUACCCCUGAUAGAUCCCCAAACAUUUUCUUUCCUUCCCAUCCACUUUGCUGUAGACCCUGGCCCUGGAUGGAAUUGGGGUGUGGAUUGUCUUACACCAGAUAAGGUUAAGGAGGUAAAUUCCCCACUUGAUGAUAAUGAUGGUCGUGUUUCGCUUCUGGCCCGCUAUCUCAACUUGGCUGAGCUUUCGCUUCCCUCUUCUGAAUUGGCCAGCUCUGCACUGAACUCAAUCGCCAUUGCCCUCCCCUCAGUUUUACCUGAAAGCACUGUUACCUCAUCUACCAUUAGUUCCACUAGCUCCUCAUCCACAAUGGCUACAGGCUCCGAGGGUACUUGCACCAAUGUGUCUUCUCAGCAACCCAUACAGGUUAAAUCCACUAGUAGCGGCUCGUGUUCUGCAUGCGACAUUGGCCGCCCUCCAGUCUUAGACUCAUCUGCCUUUGGCAUCGACAUGCUGCCUCGCAAUGCUACCUCUACAAAUCAUUCAGCCUUUAUCUCUGUCGAGCCGCAGAUGGGCGUUGAAAUCUUCCAUAGUCAGCAUAAUGAUUCAAGCUGCGCCGGCACUUCAUCGAGAAUUACUGUUGCUAAGCUAAAUGAAGAGGUGAAAGCUGCAGGGAAGUUGAAUACUGGAACUUUCGCUCGUCGUAAGAGCAUUGUAGCCAGUCUUCAUCAACAUUUCAGCCUUUCGAGAACACACAAGUUCUCUAAAUCAACCGAUGACAGUUUGUCUCCUCCCAGCCAUACAGAAAUUGACGACACCUCUGGUACCGGAGGCUCUCUUUGA